CGGGCAAGUUGAAGUAUCUAAUCGACAGUUGAAGGGAAUACUCAAGGUCGAAGUGAACUCAUCUAGAAAGGACUGGUCUAAAAAGCUGGACGAUAUAUUGUGGGCUUACAGGACAGCAUUUAAGACACUGAUAGGUAUGUCUCCAUACCGCCUAGUUUUUGGAAAAGCGUGCCAUCUGCCACUAGAAAUGGAGCACCGGGCAUAUUGGGCUAUGAAACAGUUAAAUAUGGAUUUGAGUGCCGCCGGUGACAAGCGCCUACUGCAACUUAAAGAUUUAAAUGAAUUUAUAAUGGAAGCUUAUGAAAAUUCAAAAUUCUACAAGGAACGAACCAAGAAGUGGUAUGACAUGCAUAUUCAGAGGUGA